UUGGGCGACUUCUGCGCCGACGACCACAAGACUGGAUACAUCUCUGGCCUCAAACUCGUUGCGAACCAAACGCCGGAAUUCGAGAAAACGGUCGCAGAUAUGCAUCGUUUACAUAGAGGCGAAACGCCGGCCGACGCGGAACUCCAUUUCCUGCAAGAGGCCAAACGCCUCGACAUGUAUGGCGUGGAACUGCACCGCGCGAAAGACACGGCCGGUCGCGAGAUCCAAAUCGGCGUUUCGGGAAACGGUCUUUUGGUUCUGCAUUCCGGCCAAAAGGUGUCGCACUUCUCGUGGGCCAAAAUCGUUAAGAUUUCCUUCAAAAGGCGCCAUUUCUUCGUGCAGUUGCGGCGCGAGGGCGUGAGUAUUGUUUGCCUCCACUCUUCGGGCGUCUCAUCCGAAGCUCCGCCCCUCUCACAGACCGAGCGCUUCGAUUCGCUGCUGGGCUUCAACUCGUGCUCCUAUAGGACGUGUAAAUCGCUGUGGAAGGCGUGCGUCGAGCAGCACACCUUCUUCCGCCUCCAGUCCCCGAAACCGCACACAAAGAAGUUCUUCUUCUUCUUCUCUCUCGGCUCGCGAUUCCGUUAUUCCGGAAAAACCGAGUUUCAGACCAUUGAGGAGAACCGGAAGCGCUUAUCGCGCGCCGACCGCGCAUUCGUGCGCACGCGCACCAACCGCUUCACGCGCCAAACGGUUCCCAUUCCGCACAUCAAUAAUCUGAUGCUGUCUUCGCGCGCAAUCCUCCACCACAACGGCGACCCCAAGACUGCGCGCGUCCAGAGCACCGAAUCUCCCGCCAAAAGCGCCUGGCUCUCGCUCAACAGCUCUUCGGCCUUCUGUCCGUCUCUCAAGUCCUUGCCUUUCAUCGACAAAGACUCGGCUGAAAACCGACUUUCGGCCGCUCUGUCCGACGACUCGUCCCCCGUCCAUUUGGUGGCCAUUCACAUGACGCCCGACGUCGACGGCCGCUUCGGAUUCAACGUGAAGGGCGGUCACGACCAGAACUGUCCCGUUCUUGUGUCACGUGUCGCGCCCAACACGCCCGCAGACAACGCGAGUCCGCGACUGCGCGAAGGCGAUCAGGUCAUGACAAUCAACGGCUCUGACGUCACGGGCCUUUCCCACGAACAGAUCGUCCAACUGAUCCGAUCGACGCGCGACUCCGGACCCGACGCGCAGCUCGUGCUCCAAAUCCGACCGAACGUGUACGCGCGCGAUGCCCUUCUGCCCGAAGAGCCGGCAUUUCAGUACAUUCCGGCCGACGCGUCGCCCACUUCUCGACCGGAAGUUUUGGACGCUUUGUCCGAAUCGAUGGCUCUCUUAGAGGAAGGCCUCGAAAGCGGAAGUCUUGUCCUUCAGUUCGAACAACUGAACCGCAAGAAGAACGGAGAGUCCAUGUCGUGCGCGCGUCACUCCGACAACCUCUCGAAGAACCGCUACCGCGACAUCUCGCCCUACGACUCCACGCGCGUCGUUCUCAACGACUCUCUGACCGGCGAUUACAUCAACGCGUCGUUCGUCACAAUGCAAGCGCCGCAACAAAUCAAUCGAUACAUCGCCACUCAGGGACCCCUCCAGGAGACCACUGAAGACUUCUGGCAAAUGGUUUGGGAGCAGAAGUGCCCUCUCGUCGUGAUGGUGACCCCUCUCGAGGAAAAGGGUCGCAAGAAGUGCCACAAGUAUUGGCCCGAAGCCGACGACGAGCUCUCGGUGUUCGGCGCUCUGCGCGUGCGUCUCGUCUUCCAGAGCGACGACUCGGCGACGACAGAGCGUCACUUCCGGCUCUGCGACCAAAAGACUUCGGAGGAGCGACUCGUGCGUCACCUCCAGUACCUGGCCUGGCCCGACCACGGAGUGCCCGACAAACACAACGACUUCCUCGAACUCAUUUUCGCCGUUCGCCGCCUCCGAACGGAAUUCCCGGACCACCCGUUCGUCGUGCACUGCAGCGCCGGCAUCGGACGGACGGGAGUUCUCAUUCUCAUGGAGACGGCGCUGUGUCUGAUGGAGGCCUCGGAGGCGAUCCACGCGCUUGAUCUGGUGCGCGAAAUGCGUGAACAGCGGGCAAUGCUCAUCCAGACGUCGGCGCAGUUCCGGUUCGUGUGCGAAGCCCUACACCGCGUGUGGAAAGAGAGACUCGCGCUCUCAACAGUAGUAUUCAAAGACUAGUCAAAAAAGUCAUUCAUUUUGUAAAUAGUUUUUAUUUUUACAUCAUUUCUACACAUUUUCCUAUUUAUCUCUCAAUAAACUCUCAAACCAUGACUUUCGCCUCUUUCGCCCAAUUCUUGAU